AUGCUUGCAUUACAGCGCGUCGAUGAGAAAGCCAACAAGCGCACAGCCAACAUUCUACCCUGCCGCAUACACCACAAUGGGCCUACCAAAGUGACCAAACGAUAUUGGUCGCCUCAAAUCGAGAAAGAAGGUACGACGACUUCCUACUUUCGAGGACGCAAGUUACGUGGAAAAGUCAUCACCUUGCCUGCGGGAUAUCGAGGUGUGGUCGCGAAAUCGACCGAGAGAUACCUCCCACAGCCGAUCAAGCCUCAGGAAAGCCCGACUUACACCGCUGUCGACGAAGAUAUCGAGAUCGCGGACGACGAAGAGGAGCCUUCGGAGCCUGUCAGAAUCCUUGAAGAGACAUCGACUUUCGAGGACAUCAUCGUCUGGGGGCAUGAUAUCUUGCCAACGAUUGAAGAUCCUUUUGUCAAAGGCAUUGAAGAGUGGAUAUCCUUUGCUGAAGCCAUACACGGUGACCGGGCCAAAGACCACCAACCCGCUGGUGGUGACGAGAAGAAAUCCGCUUGA